UAAGUAUUUUCAAAAAUUGCCAUUUUGCCAUAAGUGGAUUUGAACUUCAGGGGACAGCCUGCGGAACUCACAGCUCCUUUUGAUACAGGAGACUGAGUGAGGAGCCAACAUCUCUCUGACAAGGUAUAAGCCGGAACCGAAGGGCUGUUAUAUACCAAGGCUCUUUCAAAGAGGCUUAUGAUGGAAAGUUCAGUUGGCAGUGGUAUGAAGAGGCCUGGCUUCUCCAUUGCCGAUUAUGCUGUUUUUGCUGCCAUGCUGGCCGUCUCACUGAGUGUCGGGCUCUACCAAGCCCUGAAGAAGGCCCCCCGUCAGACCAACGUGGACGACUUCUUCACAGGUGGAAGGGGCAUGAGCGCGGUGCCGGUUGGGCUCUCGCUGUGCGCUAGCUUCAUGUCAGCUGUCCAAGUGUUAGGCGUGCCGUCCGAGGCCUACCGGCAUGGACUGAAGUUCCUCUACAUGUGCGUUGGGCAAAGCAUCAACUCCAUCAUCACUGCCCUCUUCUUCGUCCCUGUCCUCUACCGUCUCAAGAUCACCAGCACCAAUCAGUAUCUCCGACAGAGAUUUGGCAGAGGCAUGCAGCUGCUGGGGAGUGUGCAGUUUCUUAUUGCGACACUUCUCUACACAGGUGUUGUUAUCUACGCACCUGCCCUUAUUUUGAAUCAAGCCACUGGGUUAAACAUGUGGGCUUCCCUGUUCUCUACUGGAUUCGUCUGCACUGCCUACACCACCAUAGGUGGGAUGAAGGCAGUUAUCUGGACAGAUGUGUUCCAAAUUGUGGUCAUGCUGUCUGGUUUCAUCGCCAUCUUUAUCCAGGGGACUAUUCUUGUGGGAGGACCUGCCAAAGUGUUUGAGAUUGCCAACAAUGGCUCACGGCUCAUCUUUAAUGAUUUUGAUGUAGACCCACGGAAGCGCUACACCAUCUGGAGUUUCUUGGUUGGGGGUACACUGGUGUGGCUCUCCAUGUAUGGAGUGAACCAAGCACAGGUGCAGCGCUAUAUCUCAUGCAAAAGUGAACGGGAAGCACAAUGGGCCUUGUUCGUCAACCAGCUGGGCCUGUGGUUGGUGGUGGGUACUGCUGCCCUUUGUGGAAUUACCAUGUUUGCUCUCUAUUCAACCUGUGACCCUCUGGAAGCUGGUCACAUAUCCACACCUGAUCAGUACAUGCCCUAUUUAGUCCUGGAUAUUUUUAGAGACCUUCCUGGCUUUCCUGGCCUCUUCUUAGCAUGUGCAUACAGCGGGACACUCAGUACUGUCUCAACCAGCAUAAAUGCCAUGGCUGCUGUGACUAUGGAGGACUUGCUGAAGUCACGUUUGGCCAACACAUCCCAGAGAGGACUGGUUUUGAUCUCCAAGGCAUUGUCUCUAUUCUAUGGCCUUGCCUGCAUCACUGUUGCUGCACUUUCUUCUCUACUUGAAUGGGGAGUUCUUCAGGGGUCUUUUACCAUCAUGGGGGUGGUCAGUGGUCCCCUACUCGGUGCAUUUAUACUGGGAAUGUUUGUACCAGCAACAAACAGGACAGGAGUAUUUGCUGGUGUAGCUGUGGGAUUCGGCAUUUCUGUAUGGCUUGCAAUUGGAUCUACUCUUUAUCCCCCUACACCACAAAUGAUGGGAGUUCUGCCAGCCUCCGCAGAACACUGUUUGUCCAUUAAUACAACAGACAAUAACAGCCUGACAGGAGGCAUUUACUACACCAGGCCACCACUCUACUCUGAACCUUAUGGUUCUGGAGGUGUGCACGACUUCUAUUCAAUGUCCUACCUAUAUUUUGGGGCCUUGGCAACAACUGUUGUUGUUUUGGUUGGAGUUGCAGUUAGCUACGCAACAGGGCCAACCAAAAGGAAUACCAUCAGUCCAGGGUUACUCUUUUGGGAUCUAGAGAAUAAGACCAUUGAGGCCAAAAUGAUCAUUCAGACUCCUCAGAUUACUCACCUCAGACCUAUUGAUGGCUUGAAGGUUGAUGAAGAGGCGUUCCUUUGAAGGGCAGUCCUAAUCAUUUUGAAGAUUUAAAUGUUUAUUAUAGCACUCUUUCAAAUGUUUGACUUUGUAUUUCAAAAUGUUGACUUAGUAGGCCUAUACGUCAACAUUUUAUUGAAAUUUGAGAUGCAAAAUAUUGAUUUUGUAUCUUAACAUUUUCACUUUACAUCUCAAAAUUCUGACUGAUCAAAAUCUUGGCUUAGAUCUAUCUAAGAAUUUUUACUUUUGUGGUUUUGCGGUUUGUGGUUGUCUUUUUAAAGUGGUGGCAAUAACAAGCUUCCAUAAAAAUCUCAUGCAACAAGAGGACAUAUUUUUAUUAACGGUCCUAAUACUCUUCACUAGAUUUUGUUGGUUAAGUUACUAAAUGUUAUGUUGUUACUUUUGUACAGUAUGUACAGUAGGCUGUAUUUCAUGAAGUCAUUGUGCAUACUUUAUUUGUUACAUGAAUGUUUAUUUUUGUGAGAACAAAAAAUAAAGAUACUAUC